AUGAUCUUCUUUAAAGUACAAUCAUUUGUUAAAGAUUAUAAAUCAGCUGAUGAUGUUAGGGAAAUUAUAAAUGAGUUAGAAAAGAACAAAUCUACUAUUAAGAUUGUUGAUUUAAGUGAUAAUAAUUACUAUCCAGAGGCUUUUAAAGCAAUUAUGAAUACAAUUAAAGGGUUAAAUAGAUUAGAAACUAUUAAAAUUGAUAGUAUUUGUGGAGGACUAGAUAAAGAUAUGAUAGCAGAGAAUAUAAAGUCUUUGUAUGAACCGGUUGUAGGUAGGAUAAAAUCAAUUGAUUUAAAUUCAAAUGCUUUAUCAGCUAAUUUUCCAGAAGAAUUGUGUAAAUUGAUUGAAGAUUCACCAAUUGAACAUUUAGAUCUUAGAAAUUGUGGACUGGGAAAUGAUGGAAUUGAAAGAAUUGAGAAAUGUUUAAUUAAUAAGAAAAAACUUUCUUAUUUGUCUUUAGCAAAGAAUGGAGCAAAUUAUUUUAGUGAAUCUUUUGGUGAAACAAUAUCAAAGUUAACUAAUUUAAAAACUUUAAAUCUUGGAAGUAAUUACAUUCAGACAGACAUGUCAUUCCUUUUUGAUUUAUUUAGUAAGUUAAAUUUAAAGUCACUUGAUAUAUCAGGAUUUAUGAUAGAUGAUGAUAUAAAGUUAAAAGAGUAUAUACAUUCAUCAACCCUUGAUAGUUUGGCUGCUCGUGAUAUUAAAUCAAGUGAUUCAGAAGUUAUCUAUAAACUUUUAGAAUUCUUAAGUAGUAAACCAGAAGUUAAGUAUAUGCCUGGAUCAUUACAAGAUAAAGAAGAGUUAUAUCUAGAUAUUUCAUUUAAUUAUUUAUCAGAUGAAGAGGAAGGAAGGGCUUAUAAUAAUUUAAUUAAAGUAGCUAAAAGGUAUUCGUUAACAAAACUAUUGAUUUAUGGUUGUGAUAUUAUUGAUGAAAGAGAAGAUUUUUCUGAAUUAAAAUCUCUAAUAAAAGGAGAACUUGUAUUAGAAAAACCUAAACCAGUUGAUCUUAAAGAUGUUACUUCAUUAGCUAAGGAUGUAAAAGAGUUAUUAUAA